AUUUUGACCAGACGCGACUUUCAAUCGACCGAAGCAUCGCAACAACCCACCCCACCACCCUCGAACCAUCUCAAUUACUUCGGUGGAUUGUCGCUUCAUACGUCGAAUUGCAAUAAUGUCCCAACAACCGCUGUCCUCGGCCGUCCAGCCGACCGACAUCUACGGAGGAGAUGAGGUCUCCGCCCUGGUUCUCGACCCAGGCUACUGCAGUACCCGCGCCGGAUUCGCUGGCGAAGAUGUCCCCAAGUCCGUCUUCCCGUCCUUCUACGGCCGUGUUGGCUCCUCCGAUACCCCGACGACCGUCUUCGGCGACGAGUGCCUGAUCCCCCGGGCCGACCUUGAGGUCCGCAACUACAUGACGCGCGACAGUGUUGUCGAGGACUGGGAUGUCGCCAAUAAGCUUUGGGAGCACAUGCUCAUCACACGCCUCCAGCCCGGACGCCCAACUCACCCGUCCAAGAACGGCCUGAAUGAUGACCCCAAGGAGGAAGUCGAGGGAGGCGAGGCCAACGGCGACGUCGACGUGGCCAUGGAGGACGUGGAGUCGCAAGAGAAGGCCCUGCAAGAGAAUCCGCUCCUGAUGACCGAGGCGCCGUGGAACUCUGCAAAGUCUAGAGAAAAGGCCAUUGAGAUUAUCAUGGAGAACUGGGGCUGCCCUGCGUUUUGGCUCAGCAGAACGCCCGUCCUGGCUGCUUUUGCCGCUGGCAAGGCGAGCGCCCUGGUCAUUGACGUCGGCGGCUCCAACACUUCGGUUACAGCUAUCCACGACGGCAUGGUCCUGAAGCGAUCCAUCCAGAAGUCUCCCGUUGGUGGCCUGUGGCUGUCGUCCCAGAUUCGUAGCCUGUGGGAGACCUCAGAGCCCAAGAUCGAGCCCGUUCCUACAUACAUGGUCGAGAGUAAGACCCCCGUCGAUGCAGGCGCUCCUGCUCAGUUCAAGGAACGCAAGUUCGACUUCUCCAUCACCGACUCGUUCCGCGCCUAUGAGGACGACCGUCUCCUUACGGAAUUCAAGGAGUCAGUGGUCGAGACCUGGCGCGGACCCGGCAAGUACGCCGUGCCGCAAAACGAGGAGUUCGCUAAGACGCAACCCGGCCGCGUGUUUGAGUUCCCCAACGGCGCGAAUCAGAUGUGGCGCGAGCAGCGGUACAAGGUCUCCGAGGGCAUGUGGGACGAGACCGCGGCGUUCCCGACCACCAACGAGGAGUUCCGCCUGAACAAGUCGCAGACGAUCCCCGAGCUCAUCCGCGCCGCCCUGAACGCUGUCGACGUCGACCUGCGCCCCAACCUCCUCGGCAACAUUGUUGUCACUGGCAGCACCAGCUUGCUCAACGGCUUCAACGAUCGUCUGAACAACGAGCUUACGGCCAUGUACCCCGGCCUCAAGAUCAAAAUCCACGCGGCUGGUCUCUCCAGCGAGCGUCGCUUCGGCGCCUGGAUCGGCGGCAGCAUCCUGGCUAGCUUGGGUACCUUCCACCAGAUGUGGAUCUCGCGCAAGGAGUACGAGGAGAAUGGUGUCAGCAUCGUGGAGAAGCGUUGCAAGUGA